AUGGCCUUCCCGUGCUGUGAAGAUGACCAAGGUGACCAUGACCCCAACGCGUAUCGCCUGACAGAAGUGGUGCUUGUUGGGCCUGCACCGGCACCAGAGGAGAGAGAGUAUCGGCCAGAGACAAUCUUGCGCAAUGGAUCCCGGUACACGGGCCAGUGGAAGGGAAGUCUCAGGGAUGGCUCGGGGACUCUGGUUUGGCCUGACGGUGCGAGCUAUGUGGGCGAGUUUUGCGAGGAUGUGGCGCAAGGCUUUGGAAAGUUCAUCCAGCCGGAAGGUGACGUUUAUGAAGGUCACUGGGUUGCCGACAAAGCCCACGGGAAAGGAACAUAUACCCAGGUAGAUGGGGCUGUCUUUGAAGGCGAAUGGGUCGCCGACCAGCAGCAUGGACUCGGCCAGGAAACCUGGCCCGAUGGGUCUAUGUAUGUUGGCGAGUACCUUGAAGGGAAGAAGACAGGAAACGGCAUUUUUUCGUGGCCUGGUGGGUCAAAGUACUCGGGCACCUUUAAGGACAAUGAGAUCGAUGGCGAAGGAACCUACGACUGGUCCGAUGGCCGGCGCUAUCAUGGACAGUGGAGCAGAUGUAAGAUGCAUGGCAUCGGUACAUGCGUAUGGCCUGAUGGAAGAUCCUAUGAAGGUCACUAUCACUACGACAAGAAGCAUGGGUAUGGCGUAUUCCGCUGGCCGGAUGGCAGCCGGUUCACUGGAGAGUGGCAGGACGGCAAGCAGCAUGGCUCGGGUUCUUUCUGGCCGCCAGGUGCUCUCGAGCCACGCAAAGGUGUUUGGGAGAACGGGAAGCGCGUCAAGUGGUCUUCAUGA